GAUGUAUGGUGUAAUGUAAAACUUAGAGGUAAAAUAAAAAAAUUUGUAUUUUGAGGAAGUAUUUAAAAUAAUAGAGUAGAUUAUCCAUUGGGAGUGCUCUAAAGUUUGAUUCUCUAUUCUUUUUGCUUACUAAUACAAUCUCAAAAGGCCCUCGGGUCCCGACCCACAAAUGAAUAGGAAGUGGGGCGAGGAAAAGAAAAAUCAAAAUCUCAUAUUUUUCAAAAAGAGAAAAAGAAAAUCACAGCUCUUACAAAUAUAAUUAUAGGGGAUUGCUCAUGUGCAGACCUUAAAACAUCUAUACCUGUGGGUGGAGACUAUUUUUUUCACUAUUAAUUCAGUACUAUGAACAGAUCGGGGGCUGGGAUUUUAAAUUUAUUGUUAUUAUAUUAUUAUUGUCAUUUCGCAUAGAUUAAUAAUCAAACAAUCAGCUUGUGUUUUUUUUUUGUAGGCAAGAAAUAUAUUUUUUAAUUUCUUUUUUCCUGAGAAAUAUAUAGGGAAUAUAUGAGGCAACGGAUCCUCCUAAGCGUCAAACUGUAUUUGGUUUCAAAAGGGUAUUUUUCCUUUUUUGUGUGGCUAUGUCUUCAGCUUGGUCAAGCAGGGAUAGGAGGGCCCUCGUAUGGUUCUAUUGGUACCCAUUUCUCAUUCUAUCUCUAGCAUAAUUGUACUCUAUUAAGUUUCAGGAGGAGUUUCUCUUGUGGGUAGUUGUUGGUGUUGAUGAUCCUGUUUUUGGGUUGUAUGUGGUCGGGAAUUGUUUAUUUUUUAAACUGAAUGUGAAUUCUUAGUGGGGUUUUGGAAAUUUAGCUUGGUUUUUGAGAAAUUGAUACCAUGUUUUUUCUUGGGUUUGUUCAUGGAGGAGUGCUUGGUUUGGUAACCAGGCUGCAAUUCCACAAGUUGCCUAUUUCUGUGCCCGACAGUAGAAAUUAUGUCAUUGCAGAUGGGAGGCCAAGUACUUGACGAGAGGCUUUUGUUUUAUACUGUUUUGUGGUUCUGAAUUGAGUUUUUGAUGGUUCCUUGGUGAUGAUGGAGCUCUGAGUGUGUACAUUGAGAAGUCCAUAAGAAUUUAAGACCUCCACAACUGAUAGUUCCAAUAGAAGAACAUUUUACUGGACGUAUCACUUGGCGCGGCAGUUGGUACUUUCCAAAGAUUAAAGCAAAUUUUACUGAGUGUGGUUUAUUGGAUAGGGUGAAGGAAUCCCCUUUCAAACAGUUCUUCAUGGCGGAACCAUUAAAUUUUUCUGGUGCCUUAGUCCAUCAGUUGUUGUAGCACAAAUUCAGAGGGGAGAAAAAUGACGAAGUCCAGUUUUAUAUUGGGAAAAAACGAUGUAGAUUUAGCCAAUUGGAGUUUGCUUUACUUACUCGUUUAAAUUUCGAGGCCGGACCAUCUGAAGCUGAGAUUAAAGUGAAGACCACUUCGGAUCGGUUGAUUUUUGAGUACUUCAAUGGUCAUUUCACAGUGAGCAUAGGGCAACUGCGCAAAACUUUUUAGAGUUGUCAAAUAGUUGAUGAUGUGUACAAGAUGGGUUUGUGUUUAUUAGUAGAGGGUGUUUUGAAAGGUCGUGAGGAGAAGUUUAUGGUUUGGACUGACAUGCUGAAGAUGGUAGAUGACGUUGACUUCUUUUUCCAGUACCCGUGGGGGAAGAUAUCAUACCAGAAGUUGUUACAAACUUGUCAAAAAGACUUUGUAGAAAUGAAGAAGCAUUUACAGAAGAAGAUUGAGAAAGGAAAGACUCAGAAGGAGGCCAAGUACUCUAUUUAUGGGUAUGCUGCAGCAUUGCAGUAUUGGGCUUUUGAGUCCAUCAUUGAGUUGGGUCAGGAUUAUGCUGUGAGAUUGGGCCAAGGCAUUCCAAGAGUGAUCAACUGGCAGAGCAAGGAGAAAGUAGAGAUACACAAAGAGCAACUUAUUAAAUUGUUUGCCAAAAAGUAUACCCCUACCUGUGUGCCCGACCUGCUGAAGAACAGUAUGUGAGGACCCUUACAGACAAUGAAGCCCCAUUGUAUGUGGACAUGGGGUUAGAGGAACUAGAGGUGGGUGCUGAUGGAUAGACUACACAGGAAACCUUACAGAGCCAGGCUGAAAAGCUUGCUGAAAAGUUAGCUGAGCAAGCGGAAGCAGCAAAUAUUUUUAAGGGGGUUCCACCACCUCCAGCACCUGAUGUUCCCCCAUCAGCACCUCAUGCCAGCACCUUCUCCCAAGCUGAGCAACCAGGCUACUCUAUGAUUUUGGCCAGGUUGGAAAAGGUUGAAGGGCAAAAAAGUGCCCUUAUUAAAGGUCAAUCCGAGAUCUUGGGUCAAUUGCAGAAGCUGAUGACAAUGAUGAAAGAUCUUAGUAGGCCAGCUCCAGAUCCACACCCUCAAUCCACUGAAGAAGGCCCUCAGUCUCCUGUAGAUGAAGACAUUCUCCCUAACGAUUACAGACCUGAUGAUGUAGAUGAUCACAUUUUUCGCACACCAGAGGAUAUGCAAGUUACUGUAAUCGAAGAUACUGAAGAUUCUGAAGUACAAUUCUUAGACAUAGCUCCACCAGCACCGGAGAAGAGGAGAGAAAGAAAGAGGCCUAGGUGGUUUGAUGAGUACACUGCAAUGAAGAAAAGGAAUAAGAAAUCGAAGACAGCAGUGAAUGUGGAUCCAUUGAGGGUUGUUGAUGGCAAAUUACUUAUGACCUUUCACAAGUGGUUGCUUGGCACCAUUGGGAAUAAAUAUCCGAGGGAAUGCUUCUCAGGGACACACGAUGCUGCUUGGUUCCUGAAACUGCAUACUCCGAGGACAUGGCUUUCUGACUCUAUGCAGCAUUCCAUCUCAUGAGGAGGCGUCUACAAUUUUAUCCUGACGUGUACCCUCAGAAAUGUGUUGUUAUGCCUACAAUUUUUCCCGAAUCAUUGAAGGCUCGGUGGGACGCUUUUCCAGGUUCUGACUACUCUAGCUUUAGUUGGGAUGACAGUAUAUUGGACCUGGUUAGGGGUGAUGCAGUCCAGUUCUUACCGAGUUGGCAGAACAAGGAUUUCAUUUAUUUUGCCCUCUUCUUGAAAGACCAAUUGCAUUGGGUAGCUGUAGAGGCAGACCUGAAUGGGUGGAUGUUCAACAUCUUUGACUCCAGUAUUGGAUCAAUUUCCGAAAACGAUUUGAUCAGUUUGAUGGUUGACUGGUGUACCAUUUUCCCGUCGGUCUUGCGACAGUCCGGUUUAUUUGAGAACCAUGACGUUAUACUCACGCCUCAGUUGACAGCAUCAGAGAGCCAGGUCAGACCCUUCGAUUGGAAACUCAGUCCACGUGAAUUCGUACCGCAAACAAAAUCCAGUGGCGAUUGCGGAUGUUACGUAAUUGAGCAUAUUGAACAUAAGCUUCUACAACUACCAUUUGAUAAUGUAAUUGACAAUAAUAUGAAAUUUUUUAGGCAAAGGUGGUGUGUAGACUUAUUCUACCAAAACUUAUGUUGAACGGUCUUCAUUUUUUUGAAUUGUAUAAUUUGUUUGAUUGCUCUUUUUGUAAUUACUACAUUUUAAU